AUGUCGCAGAAUCAGUCAUAUUUUUGGCAAACCACCAAACAUAAUGUCUUUCUUAAACGUUCGGCCAGAUUACAAAUGCUAAUAGCGCUUAUGGCCGUGCUAACGUUCUCCACCAUAUGUCAGGCAGAAGUGGCACGUAAAGAGAUUGACGACAAUGUUGCCACAUUAAGUGCACCAAGCGCUUUCCCAGAUGACAGACAGUACGUAAAAGAUGCCAUGAAUGGAAAUGCAGCAAAUGAUUUGAAUGAAGCGGACGCCACCAAAGAGCCAAAAACGAACUCCGGCUUUAUCGAUGCGUUCUCAGCAUCGAUAUCAGUGAUAUUAUUUACUGAAUUAGGUGAUAAGACUUUCUUCAUAGCUGCCAUCAUGGCGAUGCGUCAUCCGCGCUUAAUCGUCUUUGCUGGCGCCAUAUCAGCGCUGGCGCUGAUGACCGUACUCUCGGUGGUGUUUGGCAUGGCAGCUACCAUUAUUCCUAAGGUUUAUACAUAUUAUAUCUCAACGGCGUUGUUUGCCAUAUUCGGUUUGAAAAUGAUCUACGAAGGUUACUUCAUGAAGGACAGCGAUGCGCAGGAGGAGUUGGAAGAGGUGCAAUCGACUUUGCGUAAACGUGAGGACGAGUUAAUGCGUAAGCGCAGCAAAUACGACGAUGCUGAUGCCAAGCGCAAGAACAGCAACUCGGACAAGGAGGAUGAGUGUUUGGAGCGUGGCGCUGGCGUCACUGCAAACAACUCCAUUGACAACGACAGCAACAUCACUACCACCGUCAUUGUUGCGCAUAGCAAAAAUCCCGAUAUGUCGCAUAGACAACGCAAACACAACAACCACAACAAUAAUAAUAAUAUUAAUAAUCAAAAAAUUGGCUGUGAUGUAAGCAAGGAUGCCGCUGAUUCGGACAACAGCAGCUGCCAUGAAAACGAUAUCUUCCUAAAAGGUGUGAAUGGUGUUAGUGGUGUUGGUGUCGGUGUUGCCGCUGUUGACAACAUGAAAACAACGAACUUCCACAGCAGUCCCGCACUGUCAGCAUCCGUGCUUUCGAAUCAAACUGAACAAACAAAUUGUGAUGAAUUUACUAAUAGUCCAAAUAAGCUUAAUUUUAAGUCGAAUAAUGAUAGCGGCGACGAUGAUGGCAUUGAUGAUCAUCAUAAUAUUGAGAUAAUAGAUGGUGGUGAUGAUGAUAACGCAACUGUGGAUAGUGGUCAUGGUGGUACACCGAUACAUGGUAAACGCGCUAAACAAACGAAAACAGGUAGUGUUAAACAAGCAACGGUUAUGGUGCAUUCAGCAUCUACCUCAGCUAUCGUUAUGUUGCAUAACAACAACAAUAAGCAUGACAUCAUUACAGGCACCAGUAAUAGUAUAACUAGUUUAAAUAGCCUGAAUCUCAACGCGAAGAUCGGUGUAGGCGCUGGCGAAACGAAUGGGGAGCUGAAACAACUCGGUGGCAGCAAGAAGCGGCUGGAACGUUCGGCCAGCUUAGUGCAGGAUCCGGAAAGUGGUGUUGUGCGCAAAAAUGCAAAGAAGAGCGCCACGCACAUCACAAUGCGCAUACUGAUGCAGGCCUUCACGAUGACUUUCCUAGCCGAAUGGGGCGAUCGCUCGCAACUCACCACCAUUAUUUUGGCCGCUAGCAAGAAUGUCUACGGCGUCAUUACCGGCGGUAUUAUUGGCCACUCCAUCUGCACCGGCUUGGCUGUGAUCGGUGGACGCAUGGUGGCCGCUAAAAUUUCUGUACGCACUGUUACCAUAAUUGGCGGCAUUGUAUUUGUUGGAUUUGCUGUGUACGCUUUGAUUGUGAAACCAGACGAUAUUUAAAGUGCAACUUAAGCAAAUUGAAACGAAAGGAAAAUCAGACAAUGGACGACGUUUAAUGGAAGAAUGAUGGCAACAUAGCAAAUAAUUUACAGUUAUUUCACAUUUAGAAACUAAAAAGCAGUAUACACAAAAAUAAUGAUAUAUUUUUUACAAAGUGCUCAAAAGGAAUUUACAAAUUUUUGCUCUUUUUUAUACUUAAAUAUAUAUUUUGUUCUUACACAACUUUCAUAUUUUCACAACUAAAGUGCCUUUAAUGCUAUUUUGCGAUUUUGUAAGUUUUUGUAUAUGCAAAUAUGCGUUCACAAAUGAAAAGAAAUACAAAAGCAAUAAGCAAACAUGA